GGGGGCUGUUUUUGCUGCUUGCUUUUUAAAGCUUAUCACGUUUCUGAAUGUGAAAUUCAACUAAUCACCAUCGAAACCGCGAUGCCCUUUAAGCUGGAAUCCCGUUGGAGCAAACGGGGUAUCAGAAAGUGUCCCAAAUGUGGCACCUCCAAUGGACAUCGCGCAGUGCAGUGCAAGAACAAGCAGUGUCGUCAGAUCCUGAAUACAGCCGCAGCCGCAGCUGCUGCUGCUGCGGGACACAGUGGGAAAAUCAUCGACACAUGCGACCAACUUGUUGGGGUACAAUUGCAAUCCGGACUACAGGAACAAUCUGCCAAGCUUUACAGCGUUCGAAAGCUAAAUGGGGCAAGAGAGGAUCGAGGAUUUGUAGAAAUACGAGACUGUGUGGACGGGGCUGAUGAGCAAUUGGAAUUGAAGACGGGCAUUUGUUAUGUGGACUGUGAACCCCAUACGGACUUGGAAGGAACUUGCCAGCAUGUUCGCGUUGCUGCGGCUACCAGUGAGAUGGCAGAAGCAUUGCCGAUUCGAAAGGAAGUGCUGCAGAGGUUGAAUGCUACGAACGUGGAAAGGGUAGGCAUAUGGAAGCAUCAGAUGAACAGCGGUGAGGAUGAUCCGUUGGUUCAAAGGAUAUCCUUCGAUACGUUUGUGGUCAAAUGCUAUGAUGAUGAUCCGCACCAGUUGGUCCCGUACUGCCACGUGGAACUGAAGCUGCCUUCUAGUAUCAUCUGUGACUGCCAAAGUCCGGACAUGGUCCAUCAGAAAACUGUAGCUGCUGCCGUCCUCAGUAGUCCUCAAUACCAGUCGGUAUACGAAGAUAUUGUUAAACAGCUACUGCUACCACCAUCGAGUCAGUUUUGCGACAACAGCUUGGGCCUUCUGCAAAACGAACUCUCGCCGGAUGACUGUCCAAACCUGGAAAGCACGGAUCAAUUCCUCGUAACAAUUGUUGACGAUCCUUCUAUGCUGACCAAUUCUAAUAUGCAACUGAUCAGUUGUAGACUUCAGUUUGAAGCAGAUCUCGCAACGGCAGACUUCGACGAACCCUGCAAGAAGGAAAACGUUUCCAACUCGCCGGUCAUUGAGCUGAUAAACAGCACGGAAAAUAGUAUCUCAGCCGCGGAGGCGUUUGCACCCUGUUACGACGAAAAUCUGCAGCUGAUGGAUUGCCAAAUUGAACUGAUGGAUCAGUUUAACCUAACGGAUCAGAUCGAUUUCUGCCCGUCGGAUAUCGAGCUUAGUGACGAUAAUGUCGUAUUCCCAGCUGACGAAGAGCUCGGGUUGGCGGUUCAACCGGCGGAGGAACCCUCGGCAGUUGCGGAAUCGAAACAAGCCCCCGCGACGGCAACGACAACAAAGAUGAAGAAGUUGAAACUGUUGGAAGUGACAACGAAAAAGGCUGCCUUGAGACAAUCCAGCAAGAUAGCCAAAGAGAAAAUGAAGAAGGGCAGCUACAAUGUGCGGCGGUUGAUGCGGGUGCUAGAAUCGAAUGGGGUUGUGUUCAACAGGUUGAACAAGACGGAAGCUAGUGCAAUGGCGGUGGUGGCGGCAGCUACUAGUCCUGCCGUUGCUGCUAAUCCAAAUGGUUCCCUACCGUCGUUCGAGGCGACGCUGUGCAAUUUGACUUUUACCAGUUGGUUGGAGUCUGUGAUAGAACAGCUAAAUUCUGUGAUACAUUACGAUGGGGACGGGCAACCUGCAACGCAGAUCUUCAGUAUUCAUGAGAACUUUUUCCAGUGUCUUCGAGCUCGAUUUUCCGUUGGCCAUAGACUAAGAACGCCCGAUCAUAGUGUCAUACUGAUGGAAGGUCCCCGAACCGGGUUGACGUGUCACAUCUACAAGUUUACCUGUUACAAAAGUCUGAGAAACGUACUUAAGACUGAUAAGAUAGCCUUUCAAUUCGAAAAAUCUUUCUGUCGCACCUCCGCCGGUACCUUCCAGGAAAUAGAUCUCAGCGACGAUGCAGUUACGAAUCACGAUCAAACAGCACAGAACGGCAAGAAGACUGUCGCAAUUAAACCGUUCCAGUACAAAACCUACAUCAAAAUGGGAACGCAUCGGAGCGAUCCUAGCGAAAAGCUACACUACUUUAGCAUCGAGUGGAUUCCGGGGGUGCUUCCCAAGUGUCGUUUCGGUGAACUGCGCGUUGCCUUCCAGUACGGACACAAAGAAAACCAUCUACACGUUGGACCUCCAACUCCAAAGUCGGCAGACAGGGAUAUUUCGGCAUCAAAUGAACUGCAGCAAUUGCAGAGUUAAUUGGUGUG